CAGGGGGGAAAGGGGAGUGCGGGGGCCCGGGGGGGUGAGAGGCGCUCAGGCAAUGCUCUCGUGUUGCUGGGGUGGGUUUUCUGGCUGGCACAGUUGAGGUAUCGAGGUUAUCUGGUUAUCUUGAGCAUUAUAAGGUACACUGGUAUUAGGGUAGGGUUACCUAGGUUCCUUCAUCCGAGGGCCUUGAUCUGAGGCGAGUGGGAAGCAUCUGAUGCACGUGCCCGGGGAUCAGUUAGCACUAUUUUGUACUUAUUAUCAAGAAACUGCCCUACGCGCAAACCUACCGCGAGUCCCGUCGAUGUUUCCUCGUCCCAGUGGAACUGGAUGGCCAAGUCACGUUCUGGCCAGCACCCCCGCUAUAUUCUGUACCGACCGACGCUCGGGUCUCAUCCCAUCCCCGACUCUGGCCCGCCACGCCUUCCUGCCGCCGACUGGAGGGCUAUCCGCGCAUGGGUAAUCUACCUACUUCCCCAGCAGCCGGACUUAUCCUGCAAGCCACGCCGCAACGGAUUCUUGUCUGCUUUUGGGGGUUGCCGUUUCUCUAGGGUGUUUUUGUUGUUUUGUUUUCGCGCAUUAUUAGUCUACCUACCUACCUUGCCACGGAUACCCUGGGCUGCUCCGGACUCGGCCUACGUGGAGCGAGGUGUGCAGCACGAAAAAGAACCAGCUUCGCUGUGGUGCAACUCCAAGCCCACCCCGUCACAUCUCGAGUCCCGCCUGCAAUUCCGCCGUUGCUUGACCGGUCCUCACCGAGUGCCCACCCGGAAUAUUUUACAAAUUCUACAUAAUUUGAAAGAGAAGCGAAAAAAGAAAAGCAUAAUAAAACAGGAGGAAAAAAAAGAAGAGCUACCCAGUCUGAGGCCGGGUGGGCGAGGAGUGAGGAGUGCGGAACCCAGCUGGCGUAGGGCCGUGGCGCCCCUCGAUCAUGGGAGUGUGCCGCAACUAAUAACGACGCGCGAGGCAAAUAAUGCAUCAAGCUCCCAACCUGGCUGAGGCGCCGCCCAAGAAAAUUGAUGACACUCGCUCUGGGCAACAUGCCCCGGGCAGCCCCGAACACAAUGGCCUCAGCAUUAGUACUGCCCAUGGAAAUCACGCCCACCCGCCCGGCGGAACUUCCCCUCCGGCGAGGAAAGACACCACGUCGUCGACGUCGACCACGGCAACUAUCGCAACCCUGGCGACGCUUGCCUCCACCGAAACAGCGUCCUCUGGAUACAGCGCCGAGGCAUCGCCAACCUUUGUAACGCAGGC